AUGGAGUUGCGCACGGAUUUUCAGGCGCAUUGCAACUAUUCUCAGGUGCGCUUCGAUCAGCUACACGCCGACAACCUCGCCAUCCGGCAACAGGGUCAGGAUGACGCCUUCGAGACGUGCGCUUUGAUGCAAGCCUUGUUUGCCCAGCAUUUCCCCCCCCCACCACCACCACCGGCUUCUCCCACCACCACCGGCUUCUCCGUAGUUCCCGCCUGCUGUGAACAUUCGCAUUGCCUGAAAAUUUUUGGACAGUCAGAUAUUUUUGGUGUUUUUGUUCUAUGCUGUCAACAUUCACAUUUGCUGGAAAUUUUAGGAGAGUCACAUGUCGGUGGUGUUAAUGUUCUACGAUGUGAACAUUCACAUUGCCUGAAAGUUUUAGUUCAAUCAGAUGUUAUUGGUGCUUUUGGGCUAGGCUGUGAACUUUCACAUUGUCUGGAAAAUUUGCCUGAAAAUUUAGGACAUUCAGGAGAGUCAGAUGUCGGUGGUGUUAAUGUUCUACGAGGUGAACUUUCACAUUGCCUGAAAGUUUUAGUUCAACCAGAUACUAUUGAUGCUUUUUGGCUAGGAGAGUCAGAUGUCGGUGGUAUUAAUGAUAUACGAUGUGAACAUUCACAUUGCCUGAAGAUGAAAAUACACAACAGCGACAUCAAGCUGAUUUUCGGUGUGGACUGUGGCAGCAAGCCAAUGGACAUAACAUACGGUGCGAAACCAAAGACUGGCAUUGUAAACAGAAGAUGCAAAAACGUCAGCCGGUUGACUUCAAAAUGGAUACAAACCCUUUUGACCGAGGCAUUGAAAGGAAAAAAGAAAGAUGACAACGAAGAAGUUGCCCGACUAGUGUGCAUGUAUGCUUGCCAGAAGCUUUUUUUCUCAACAAGCGGAGAGACAAUAGGAUGGGGCUACUACGCACAUAUGGUCCCACUGGAAAGCAUGCAAGAAUAUGAUUGGGCCAAGCAAAUUAGGACAAUGUUGACAUCGUCUAUUUCCCAAAAUGACAAAAAUCCAGCAAAAGUCACCGGCUGUGUCAUGUUAUUGAUGUACUGGUUGUGUGAGCACACAACCGUCCUCCAACCUCACAGACCCAAUGCUUUUCCUCGCUGUGUGAAGUGGGAUCUGACUGCUUUGCAGAAGAAAAUGAAAACCAUCUCCUUAGCAGAUUUGGGUUUUAAUGAGGUUAAUGCCGGUGAACUCUUUGCAAUCCCAACAGAAUUACAAAAGUUCAAGCGUAAAACAUUGAAGGUGGAGCCUGAAAUUUAUGAACCAGGCAGAAAAUCUCCCAACAUUUCUGACAUCAAGGGAGAACAACACAGUGGCAGCAACUCCCACUUUUCUGGGGAUGGGGUAGACCUGAAGGACAGUGAUGAGGACAUUCACAUUCCAUUUAGCAGCCAACAUUAUGACAGAGCUAUUGUAAUACCAGACACAAACCAACCUGAUAUCAUUGAUGUCCUUAUCCAAGAAAAUCGGAAGGCUUGGGGCGUCAUAAGGCAAUGGGAAGCAAAGUACAAACACCUUCAAUUUUCAUGGGAGUUGAGGGCAAGAGUCAUAGCUGAUCUUGAACAUAGAUUGUUUAACCAGUCCAGCCCACCCAACGUGAAUAUCGAAAUGAAGAAGUCCAUGGAGCAGAAGGAUCAAGAAAUCAAACGCUUAACGCAGCUGGUCAUCGACUUAGAAUGCGAUAAAACAAUUCUGCAGGAUCUUUACGAUGACCAGUCAGUCCACAUUGUCACACAAGCUAUGUCAGAAAGGCAACCCCCUAGCCCAAUGCAACACAAUAUCAGCCCACCUUCUAGGGUCAAGCGUAUAAAGGAAAAAGAUCGCAAAGAACAUCGACUGCCUGACUUCCAAUACCCAGAUUUACCUGGCCAAAAGCAGCCCCCUCCAGUAGAAAUGGUUGAAGAUGAGGAGGAACACCCACCAGCGAAGCAGCCAAAAAAAUUAUCCUUCACCAAGAAGUUCAAAGUCUGGGCCAAGAUGUCCAAACAUGACAAACAAAAGGUCCAAGCUUUACAAAAAAAUGGAGGCGAUGAGCUGCUGGUGUGGAAAGGAGAUUCGAAGGCUACACAUGUGUAUUUUGAUGACAUUGUCAACCUUAUCAAGGAGGAAUCAAUACACAGCAAUCUCAUAGAUGCAUAUGCUGAACUGUUGCAUGAACAACAAGAGGUGGUCAACCCAACUUCUGAUGAAGCCUCAUUGAUCUUCACGAGCAUGUGUUUGAGGAACUACAUUGAGCAUGUUGUUACCGUUAUUGGCGAGUCAUCACCGCUACACACUAAGUUAGCAGGCCAAAAUCCAGCACAACCAACCAAAAGUGUUGAUGUCUGUCCUCAGCAAGGCGACGACUCGUAA